GAGGAGCUUGGACACGGUCACUCAUCUCGUUUGCCGCUGUCCUCAAACUCGGCGUCCAGCGCGCCUCAGACCAAACCAAGGCGCGACGGGGGUCAGCCCGAUAGCACCACUGCUCACAAAUUUUUGUGGCGGUAACAGCGACCUCCGUACUGAGAACCAAGUAAAGUUCAUUGUGUGAAACUGCUUUGAACCGCUGCGCUAACGACGGUAAAAGACGUCCUGAGGCCCACCAGACGUUCUCAAAUCACCGACGCACCCCGCCGCACAAAAAAAAUGUGGACCUGGCGCGCCCUCCUCUUGAGCGGCGCCGUCGGCGUCUCCGUGGCCAACAUUAUAACAGUGAUCGUCGCCUACGACGCCGUGGCUUUCCCGCACCAGAUGAUCUCGGACUACGUCGCGACGGCACCGGGCGCCGCCGUGGCGAACUGGGCCUGGCCCUUGUUUAUUCUGAGCCACGCGCUCUUCGAAGCUCGGCUCUUCCACCGCAUCAAGCAACACAAAGCAAAGGCACCACAAGCCUACAAGUACUGGGUCUACUCCUUAUAUGGUUUAGUAUUCGGCUGGCUCUCCAUGGUUCUUUGUCUGGUCUUCGACAUCCGGUCCUGCCCGCGCGAGCACUCGGUGCUCGGCGGUCUGUACGGGGGCGCCUGGUUGCUAGGCCAGAGCAUCCGCUGCGCCGUCGACGAUGAGCGCGAGAAGCUGGGCCUUGCUAAAGCGCCGCGCCUGGCCCGGACGCGACUCGCGCUGUGCGUGCUCGAGGCGGCGACGGCGCCCUUCCUCGUGGCCGGCAUGCAGCUUCCGUUAAAGUGGUGCCCUCACUGGCUCUCGGCCUUCUGCGUCGUCUGCGAGCACGUGCUCUGGGUCCACGCGCGGACGCUGGUCUGCCUGGCGUCGUACUACCCGGACGCGGCUUCAUUGGAUGGCGUCAUCGAGGCGCCUCGUCCGCGCUCGGCGCCGUCGUCGCCGGCGCGCCUGUCGCGCGUCAUCGAGGCGGUCCGCGAGCACAACUCCAAGGUUCCCGAUCUCGACAAACCGCGCAAGCGCAUCGGCUUCCGCGCGCACGUCGUGGCCGGGCCGCUCUGAUUUGUGUCUAUCACGUCCCCCUAGCUAUGUAACAAGAAGAUGUCUAUAGUAUCACACUUACAACGCCGUCGCAAGCUCGAU